CCUAGCCUCAAGUGAUCCUUCCACCUCAGCCUCCCACAGCGUGGGGAUUACAGGCAUGGGCCACCAUACCUAGCCUAUUCUGAUCGUUUCUGAUCAAUAUUCCUUAUGGUCAAUUCAGUCUUUCUUUGGCUAAGUUGUCUCCUUCAAGGUCAGCAUCAACACUUGGUCCAGUGGCCAUUCUGUGUCCUUCAAAGUGCCUCUAAGUAUUCUGCUCUGGUUCCUUAUUUUGUUUAUUCGUUUUCCCCAUCUAGCUGUCACAGGGAAGUCUUACCUCCACGUUCUUUGGGGGCCCCAUGUACACUACAAAGAUUUUUAUAUACACAUGUGCAUAAAAUGGUCCAAAGACUUUAUCCUAACUGUACAUGAUUUAAAUAUUCAACCUAAGCAAUGGGAUUAAGAAUGACCCAGAAGAAAGCAAAGCUUUGUUUCAGAGCCAACGUGUACACUGAAGUGCCUGAUGGAGGGUGGGGUUGGGCAGUCGCGGUCUCCUUUUUCUUCAUCGAAGUCUUUACCUACGGCAUCAUCAAGUCGUUUGGCGUCUUCUUUAAUGACUUAAUGGACAGCUUUGACGAGUCCAAUAGCAGGAUCUCAUGGAUAAUAUCAAUAUGUGUGUUUGUCUUAACAUUUACAGCUCCCCUCGCCACAGUCCUGAGCAAUCGAUUCGGACACCGGCUGGUGGUGAUGCUGGGGGGCGUGCUGGUCAGCACCGGGAUGGUGGCCGCCUCGUUUGCACGUGAGGUCUGCCACAUGUACAUCACCAUUGGCCUCAUCUCCGGUUUGGGAUGCUGCUUUAGUUUCCUCCCAACUGUGACCAUCCUGUCGCAGUACUUUAGCAAAAGACGCUCCGUAGUCACCGCAGUGGCUUCUACGGGAGAAUGUUUCGCUGUGUUUGCUUUUGCACCAGCCAUCAUGGCUCUGAAGGAGAACAUCGGCUGGAGAUACAGCCUCCUCUUCGUGGGCCUGCUGCAGCUCAACAUCGUCGUGUUCGGGGCACUGCUGAGACCCAUUAUCAUCCGAGGGCCAGGGUCGCCAAAAAUAACCCCCCACGAAAACCGGAAAGAAGUGCAAUAUAUGCUUGAAAAUGAAAAAACACGAACCUCAAUAGACUCCAUUGACUCAGGAGUAGAACUAACUACCUCACCUAAAAAUGUGCCUAGUCACGCCAACACGGAACUGGAGCUGAAGGCUGACAUGCAGCAGGUCCUGGUGAAGACGAGCUCCAAGCCGAGCGAUAAGAAAGCCCCUUUGCUAGACUUCUCGAUUUUGAAAGAGAAAAGUUUCAUUUGUUAUGCAUUAUUUGGUCUCUUUGCAACACUGGGAUUCUUCGCGCCGUCUCUGUACAUCAUUCCUCUGGGCAUCAGUCUGGGCAUUGACCAGGAACACGCUGCGUUUCUGUUAUCUGCGAUGGCAAUUGCAGAAGUGUUCGGAAGAAUCGCAGCUGGCUUUGUCCUCAACAGAGAGCCCAUCCGCAAGAUUUACAUCGAGCUCAUCUGCGUCAUCUUGUUGACCGUGUCUCUGUUUGCUUUUACGUUCGCUACUGAAUUCUGGGGUCUCAUGUCCUGUAGCAUAUUUUUUGGGUGCAUGGUUGGAACAAUAGGAGGAACCCACAUACCACUGCUUGCCGAAGAUGAUGUCGUGGGAAUCGAGAGGAUGUCUUCUGCAGCUGGGGUCUACGUCUUCAUUCAGAGCAUAGCGGGACUGGCGGGACCACCCCUUGCAGGUUUGCUCGUGGACCAAAGUAAAAUCUACAGCAGGGCCUUCUACUCCUGCGCGGGUGGCAUGUCCGUGGCUGCCGUGUGCCUGGCCCUGGUGCGACCGUGUAAACAGGGACUGUGCCAGCGCCGUCACUCAGGUGAAACAAAGGCAGCGAGCCAUCGUGGGAAGGCAUUACAAGACAUACCUGAAGACUUUCUGGAAAUGGAUCUUGCGAAAAAUGAGCACAGAGUUCAUGUGCAAAUAGAGCCAGUAUGACACACUUUCAUGUAACAGCAGCCCCUGUGUUGGCUUGGGGGUGAGGGGGGUGGACCCCGGGGGUCUAGGGGGGAGACAUAGGGAGGUAGAGGAGCUAACCACCCUAUUCUACUUUCAAAACUACAUCUUAAAGGGAAUGUAUACGUGAACAGCGCUACCAAUAUCUUUCUUUUUCCUUUAAAGUUUUCCUUUUUGCUUGUUUUUUUUUUAAGCCAAAACAAAAACAACCAAACACUCUCCUCUCUAUAUAAAUCUGGCUCUGUUCAGUAGCAAUAUGAAAGAUAAGUAGAAGGACUGUUUGGUUCACAUUCCAAUAUUAAUUCAGUGACAUGAACUGGAAAAGUGGUUUUAAGAGCACUCACAUGGGAGAAAUGAUCUUACAAAGACAGCCUCCAGCCCAAAUCAUUGAAAUGAAAUUGGCCAGUCAAAAACAAAAAAAUCUUCAAUCAUUUUUAAAAAACUUCUGAUUUUCAGAAAUAUGAAUAAAAAGGUUUUUUUUAAAAACCCUUUGAAAAAAAUGCUGAGAUUUUCUAUAAGAAAUUAUAGCCUCUGAACUUUCCAAAUAUUGCCUGGAAAUGAAGUGCAGUUUAAGACCAAACGUUUGACUAAUAAACAAAAAUUUUAAAAAAUAUAUGUAACUUGAACUUCCUAAAUGUGAAGACUACCACUUCUUUUUAUGGCCAGUCAUUACCAGAAGUAUUUCAAUACAGAAUAUACAAAAUGGCAUUCAAAAGUUCCUGUUGCUUUUAAUUAUUCAGAAAUAUGUGAUUGUAGUGUCUUUAAUUUAAACCACUAUUUAUUAUUAAGUUAUUCUAGGAUGAUUAAAGUAAUCAAAAGAAAUAAAAUACGAGACAUAAGCAGCAUUUUUACCUCCUUUCUGCAAUCCUUUAAAUGCCUCAAAGAAUACCUUUUCUCUUAUAAGAGUUACUCUCAUAAAAGGCUAAGUUGUAAUAAUUCUUCAACUUCAUUAAAAGCAACAUGUGCUAUUUAAAGGGAGAAAAAUAAUGCGUAGCAAAUCGCCUUAGCUUUUAAAAAUAAUUUGUUUUAUCACCUAAGAAUACUUGAGAAUCUUUGAUCAGAAUUAUAUUUCAUUGAAUUGCUAUUGUUUCUUGGCCUUUUGGCCAAGAUCAAGUGUGAAUUGUGGAAGCAUUUCUGAUUUUUUUUUUUUUAAAAAACAUCUAACUGUCGAAGCAUUUCUGUAUUUCAUGUGGGGGUAAGCAGAGACAUUUAUGUUAUGAGUUACAAGUUGCAAUUUACAUCUUAUAUAAAACGUGACUUGAUAUUCUAAGUUGCCAUAGGUAUCAGGUAACUGGUCGUUGUUUUUUUUUUUUUUGGAGUUACACUACAUGUAGAGUAUUUCUCAUUUUAGCAGUUUUCUGUAAAGAGGGGAAGUAUGAGGAUAAUACAUGGGCUAUGUACUCACCUGUUGCUGAACCUCACCCGGAAGGUGAUGGACAAUGCUUGCUGCUCCAUCUUUAUUCAUCUUUUAUGUUAAUUUAUGACAACUCAGGGGGAAAAACAUAACAAGCCUAGUUUGGUUACAGGUACACACAAGCUUGAAUAUUUCUCUGCACUGAAAUGAAAGUGGCAUAGUUCAUCACCACCUGCUACGUUUUUGCAUAGCAUUUUAUCAGCCAUAGAAAUAGGACAAUCUAUAAAACUUUGGGGAGGGUGGGGAAGGAAAUGACAAAGUGUCUGUCAAAAAACGGACACACCUAAAACAAGGUGGAUGUAGCAAAUCUCUGUCACUGCUUGAGAAGAACUGUGAGCUUGUGGCAGUUUUGCAGACUUACAUGACUUUAGCACUUUACAACAUAUUUUUUAAUAUGAAUGUUCAACACAAUUUAAUAUUUAUAACUGGUUUCCGAGGGAUCUGCUCUAUGUCCAUUCUGUUAACUGCAUGAAACAAAAAUGUAUGCCAAUUUCAGUAUGUCAAUGAUCAAGGUUUUAAAUAUUUGGAAGAAAAAAAAAACAAGAUUGCUGAUUUGUUCUGUAUUAAUGACAGUCUGGUACUUCUAGAUUUGCAAUAAAUUUAUGGCUUUUUUAUUUAAAGAGA